AUGUCGGAAUAUCUGGAAAGGUAUAAAAGUCUCGAGGUCAAGACCGAGAGCGCUCAGACAAUUCUCCAUUGGGCUGCUUUCUACGGAAGUGAAGAGGUUGUGGGCCUAGUGAUCAAUCGUACUGUCGAGACACAGUUAGAGGUCUUGUUGCAGAGCUCACGGAAGAAGCACCUGACUGGCACCCGUUGUCUCUACUUUGCCUGUCGCGAAAGUGAAGACGGCAUGAGCGCGCUGGACAUCGCUGUACAAAAGGGACAUGUGAACAUCGUUAACCUUUUACUGUCUUUCCGUGACAGGCUAGACAAGAUAUCAGAUGUAUACAAGGUUCAGAACAAGUUGAGGCUAAGGCAGCCGGAGAUUUUUCAUCUGGACUAUACAUCAUCGAUGCAACGUGAGCUCUAUGCUGCUUGGGAGACACAUCUGAAUGACAACACGCAGGGUAGGAUUCCCGCUCUUCAUCGAGCAGUCAAAAAACGGCUUCCUGUUAUCGUGAAGAAAUUGUUAGGGUAUGGGGCCGAUUGGCGGGUGCAAAGUGAGAGCUUAACACCUCUACAGUUGGCGCUGAGACUGGCGCAAGAUGAGAAUCCGUUGCAUCCAGCUACUAAAACCGUCGUGCGGAUCCUCAAGGUGGAAGCCUUCGCAGUCCUCGACAAUGCAACCUGUCUGGAUUCCGAGAUGGAACCAGUUGAUCGGGUUUAUGAAGGCACCGUAAAUCACAUCGACGGGCGAGAUUUGCUUCGGAGUGAUGUUCCCAUCCCCGAACUCUUUGAUGGGAUUACUAUCCCCGAACUCUUGAAAGAGAAUGGCGUGGGCCAGACUGGUUCGAGAUCUACUUGGAUCCAUCUUCCCGCCAAUAAUAUUCUUAUCUUGCAAUUAUUAGGGCCGCAGAAGCGGGACAAGCUGCUGCGCCACGAGCUGUGGACAAGCCGUCAGAUACGUGGCUCUGAAAGGUCUCAUAUCUCGUUCAUGAGGCCUGGUUACGAAGAAAUAGAUGAAACACAUGACUUUGUGAUAAUCAUGCCCUACCUCCACUGGGAGACCCAGAGAAAGCAAAGGCGAUUGGAGGCCUUCAGCCUCUGCAAAUUUCUGCUGGAAUCAGAGGCGGACGGACUUCCUUCCCUUGUGAAGCAGCUAUCUGCAGAAAAUAAUGACAUCCUCAACACAUUUGCGGAGAUCCCGUCCAGUGAUCCUAAAAUUGCAGCUCUCGGUCAGGAGCUCCGGCAGUUUCUGACCACCGUGGAACGUUCAAAAGCAAAUAAAGUGCCUGCACAGGAGCGGCUCCAAAAGGCCCUACAGGCCUACAGGGAGGAAGCCUGCGCGUCAGAUCGGGAUAUGCGUCUUUUUGACUCGUACACGAGUAGGCAGAAUGUCAAGCAUCCUCUUCAUAUUCGCAGAACGCUUGAUCAAUCGUUCUACUAUACUUUAGACAACACAUCGACGCGCAACAAAGAUCAAGUUGUAGCACGUUAUGGGAUAAAGGAAGGGAGAAAGGAACCCAUCGUCAUGAUGGUAGAUCAGUUGUGGCUCUGGUGCUCAGGGAACACUAUAAUUACAUGCUUUCCACAAAGACGCGAAUGCAACCCUGAUGACCCAGACCGGUUCGACAUGACUGAUAUACUGGAAAACAUCCUGCAUUCAAUCUCUCCAGAUUUCAAGAAGAAAGAAGGCGGGAUUGGACCACUAUGGCUGAUCCCGAGAAUUGUCAAAGAAUGCGCCGGAGCUUUUGUUGAUCCGAUGAAAAACGUGGAGGAUGAAUUUAGGUUUCUGGAUAUGUUCAGCAAUUCAAUCAGCCGGAUAGCUGACGGAGAGGUUGCCUGCUACCAGCGCUUCGUCAAGAUGCUACGGGUAUCCAGUCAGCAGAAUCUUAUGGAUAUAGACACUGAGUCCGACCUUCUGCGAGAGAUUAAGGAUAUUCUCGACGAACUCCGGAUGAUAAGGGUAGUUAUGGAAGAUCAACUGAAAGUCAUUGCGGCCAUCAGAGCUCCUUUUUCGCACGCACGAAUGUCAGUCUGGGAUGAUGUACGGGAUUCGGUCGAACGCUACCUUGACAAAGUUCGGUCCAUGCAGAACGAGGGACAAGCGACGGUAAAUUCGCUGAAUGCCUUGAUGGACCUGCGGCAGCGCCACGCGACCCUCUGGGAGGCCAAAGCCACCGGGAUGCAGGGCAACACCAUUAUGGUCUUUACUGUGGUUACCAUCCUCUUUUUACCUGCCUCAUUCAUGGCCUCCUUCUUUGCGUUGCCCAUCAUGCAGUUCUCCAAAGCCGAGAGCUCAGACAGUCUCGAUCUGUCAUAUGUGGUAAAAUGGCUAAUGGCUUUUACCGUACCGGUCGCCCUCUUCUUCAUUUCGAUUGCUUUCUACAUCAACGACAUUCUGAACUUCCUGUCCCGGGUUACUGGGCAUGAAAGACGAGUUGCUAGAUUGUCUGCCGAGACUUGGAAACAACAAAUCGGGCAGGGCAUCAUCGCCCCUGGAAGAGAUAACCGGCAGGUUCGUGACGAUUCCGAGACUGGGUGCGAGGGGAAUGGAGAUGCAGUCUCACAGCACAGUCAGGACGAGCCGAAGGCUCAAUCGGCAGCUCGGCGCAGAAAGCUGUUUCGAUUCCAGAAUCGGGGUAUGGAUAGUCCAGCUUGAGGCUGAGAUAGGCAUGGGAGAUCAACCGGAUACAUGGGUCGAGAAACCUUCUUAGUGAUGAAACUUCCGACCAUCGGUCGCUGGAGCUGGGUCCUGACAAAGACUUCUGGUCUCUCAUACGACUAGCUAUCUUAUGUUGAGACAAGAUAUUAGAUUCCGUUUUGCUGAUUUCCUUGAG